GGCAGCCUGCCAACCCCAGGCUCCGGGCUCUCCUCUUCCAAGCUGUGCUCACAAAGUGCCAGCAAGCCUGAGAAUGGCCCCGGCCCUGGAGCAAGCAGAUGGCAGAUGGGCCUGGGUAGUCCUACUGGCCUCCCUGGUGAGCCAGGCCCUCACCGUGGCCUUCCCUUCCUGCAUUGGCGUCUUCUUCGCUGAUUUGAUGCGUGACUUCCAGGCCAGCAACAGUGAGAUCUCAUGGCUCCCCUCUAUCAUGGGGGCCAUGCUCCAUGCUGGGGGACCCCUGUGCAGCAUCCUGGUGAAACGUUUCAGCUGCCGAGUGGCCAUGAUGGUGGGGGGUGUGCUGGCCAGCCUAGGCAUGGUGGCCAGCACCUUCUCUCGCUCCCUCAUUCACCUCUUCCUCACGGCAGGACUGGUCACAGGCCUGGGCAUGUGUUUCAGCUUCCAGUCAAGCAUUACAGUGCUGGGCUUGUAUUUUGUCCGGCACCGGCCUCAAGCCAAUGCACUGGCCUCCAUAGGCAUCUCCAUAGGCGUCACCCUCUGGCCACUGCUGGCCCGCUAUCUCCUGGAAACCCUGGGCUGGAGGGGCACCUUCUUCCUCUUCGGUGGCAUCUUUCUCCACUGUUGUGUGUGUGGAGCCAUCCUAAGGCCUGUUGCCACCGCUGUGGUCCCCGAGCCGAGAGAAGACCCCCCUCUGCUUCCCAAGACACCUACACGCAGCUGCCUGGCAACAUGUGUCUCAGCUAUCCAGCACCACCUGGCCUUUGACAUCCUUCGGCACAAUAUGGGCUUCUGCAUAUAUGUAACAGGAAUGACAUGGAUGCUCCUGGGUUUUCCGCUGCCGCACAUCUUCCUGGUGCCAUACGCUUUGCAUCAUGGGAUAGAUGAGUAUUGGGCAGCCAUGCUCAUGUCGGUCAUCGGCUUCUGCAACAUCUUCCUGCGGCCAAUAGCAGGGCUGCUGGCAGGCAGGAAGAGCCUGGCUGCCUACCGGAAGUACCUGUUUACUGGGGCAAUCCUCAUCAAUGGGCUCACCAAUCUAAUAUGCACAGUGUCAGCGGACUUCUGGGUGCUCCUGAGCUAUUGCCUGGUGUACAGCCUAUCCAUGUGUGGAUGUGGGAUCCUCAUCUACCAGGUCCUCAUGGACAUUGUCCCGAUGGACCGGUUCCCCAGUGCCCUGGGCCUCUUCAGCACCCUGUGUGGCAUUACUUCUCUCAUCUCUCCACCAUUGGCUGGACUGCUGCUGGACGCAACCAACAACUUCAGCUACGUUUUCUACAUGUCAAGCUGCUUCCUCGUCUCAGCCUCCCUCUUCCUGGGUGUGGGCUUCUAUGCUGCAGACAAGAAGCUGAAGAGAGAAGAUGGACAAGCCAAGAUGGAACCCACCGCCUCGGAGAUCACCCCAAUGGGAGGUCUUACCUCAGAAGACAAGGACAGGACCAAGAGGCAACUGUGCCCUGAAAACAUGUAUGUGACCAGCGUCUGAGCUCCAGAGGUCACACAGGACCUGCUGCUGAGCUCUGAGGUCAGUGAGGGACCUUCCGGCAUGUAGAGAGUAGAAGUGGACCUGCCCGGCUGGCUUCCUACAGUCCCGAGAAGAUGGGUCUGAGUCCUGCUUGAAGCUCGCUAUCCUGGGCUGGCUCCUCAGUUGCUCCCACAACCCAGUAUUCUAGCUUUUCUCCUCCAACCUUCCCACAUCAACUCUCUUUGUCCUUCUUGGCCUCCGAGGACUCUGAAGAAUUUGCCUUUCUUCCCAAAUCACCGCCCCUGACCCCUUAGGUCAGGAAGAUUAAGGGCGCUGCUUCA